AUGGAUAUAGUCAAGGAAACUGAAAAUCAACACACAAUCCAGAAGGAUACUCAAUUCACUCCUCCCGUUCAAUCUGCUACCCAAGAGAGUCCUCCACAUCAAGAGAAAGUUGAAUCAUUGGACGACGUGAAGACUGACGAAAUACAGGCAAAAUUAUUCAACGCUAACGAUGUUGAGGAAGACGAUCACGAUAGAAACUCUCAAUCCACUAAAAUGGAUACCAACCAAAUCACUGAACAGCAAUCAAAGGAGAAGCAAAGUGGUGAAUAUGUGCAAGACGGACGUUCACUAACCGAUCAAAUAGUCAUGGAGCAUGAUAGGAAGCAGGAUACUAACGAUGACAACGACUUGAUUCAAUUUGAUGACGAUCAUGAGAAAGAUCCUGCUAUGGUAGAUGAAUCCAACAUCAAUUUAAAACAUCAAGAACUCGUACAUCCAAUUUCACACCAUUCAAAUCCCAUGGCGAAUGCAACUCUUGAAGAUGAACAAGGUGCAACUUCUCCAACGUCCGCCUACCUUCAAGAUGAAACCAAGCCAAAACAUGAAACUGAUCGACAUGAUGAAGAGUUGCCAAUGAAAAUUGACACCACUGACGACCAAGAGGACAACAACAUUAAUCCAUUGAAUAGCAACUCCCGUGAUGAUCCUCUUUCGGACUCUGCCGUCACCAAUCCUCCUUCGACCACAGAGGAUGCUAAGUACGAGAGUAGCGAUGCCCUAAAAGUGGAUGAUUUAGUCUCUAAAUAUCUUGGCAGAAACUUUGAACUCAUUAAACUAGAAAGUAAUCAGUCUUCCCUUAACAAUGAAUUAAAUCAUCCAGACAAUAAUUUACACCCUAGCAACUUCAAGGAAUUAAGUCCUGGCACCUAUAAAUUAAUAUCGCAAAUUAAUCAGCUAUUGGACCAGAACAACAAAAUCCAAUUAAAUAUAGGUGAUGAAAGUUUACAAUUUUCAACUGCGGAGGCUAUAAGGCCGGAUGGCCAACGUACAAGUAGGCCUAUGCAGGGAGAAUAUGCCGAUCUGCUAUAUCAAUUAGAAUCUGAUCGUAAAAGAUUAGAUACCUCCAAGGAUAAAAACUCGCUAUCGAAAGAAUCCAAUGUAGAUUUUAUGUCUAGUAGAGUUGCGCAAGAUGAUCAAGGCGAUAAAGAAUCCUCUGAUAAGGCAAUAGAAGUCGACGCUCAAUCAAAGCUCUCGUCGUCAUUCAAUAAAACUGUUGAAAGCUCUAUACUUUUCAAGCCAAAUUCACCUUUAGAUAUACUCUCGUCUUUACAUUCACAUGAUCUGUCAUCGAAAGUGACAGCUGCCAAUAGUAGAUCGUUUGGUAGAAAUGACUUUAAUCAUACAGACGACAACUCUACAGAAAAUAAAUCUCGCAAGAGAGAUUGGACCAAUUUAGAAAAAAACGUAUUCAACGAAAAUUUAACCGUAGAAAAUUCAUCUGCAGAUGUACAAAAUGCAAAUAAAAAGGAAAGUAAAUCAAGUUAUUUGCAUUCAUCUUUAAUACCACAGGAGCGAAAUAGGCUCAGUGACGAAGAAGAUACUGAUCUAAUUAAGCCUCUGAGAAAUAAUUGGAUCAACAGCAAGCAUCAAAAUCCCAUGCACCGACCAUCUGGAGAAUCCAGUACAAAAUAUACAGGAUCACCGUUAAAGACUUGGCGUAACGAAUUUGAAGAUCUUAGUAGUUCUGAUGAUGAUGACUAUAAAAUAUCAAAUUUGCCAAAUUCUGAUAGUUUACCCCUGUCAAAUGUUGCUGAUAUCAUUGCAAAGUAUAUUCGUCCCCUAAAUCCAAUCUAUAAUGUAAGCAUAUCUACAGAAAGUAGCCGAUCAUCUCAAGUAAGAUCACCUCUGCUUGAUAAAUCCAACAAACUUCAUAACCGAUAUAUGUUGAAUUCGGAAAGUGACUCUGAAACUUCUGACGGAAUUGCAACUUAUCGUCAAGCAUAUGCGGAAAAUUUAAGUCGUUACUGGUCAGAGUACAAAGACUCCCGUCUACAUACGGAAGAAAUUUCUGAACCAGCUCAAACUUUAAAGAAUUCACAACGCUAUUUAACCGAUUUCGAUGAAAUUAUCAGUAAUCCAACCAAACAUAUAUUAAGUUCGUUAAUAGAUAAUAAUACGCAAAGUAAUGGAAUGCCAAAAGACUCGCGAAAAUAUAAAAGGAAUGUUACUGGCAAGCAUCAUCGACGACAUGAUCAGCAAUCUGGAACAGACGCAAAUAUAAUAAAGGGAAGACGCUUCGUGAACAUAAAGAUAAAUGCUAAUGAAAGUAAUAAAAUAGAUUAUCCACAAAUUCUUGAAAUAUCAGACAGUACAACGAACAACGAAACGUUGGAUGAAAACAAUGAAACAAGAUCAAGUUCGGAUUUAGAUAUAGUGUCUGAUAUUGAAAAGAUAGUCCAAAAAUAUUCCUCAGGCAAUUACCCAAUUGUCAAUAAUCGAAUUCGUUCUGAAUACUUUAGCAAUAGCAACGAUAAAUCAGUACAAUACCAUCAAAAUUCCAAAAUGUCGAAAAAUCAAUCAAGUCGCAAUAAAAUAAUGAAAGAUCCUACCAAUCAGUUGCGCUCUGACGUUGGUAAUGACACUCGUACAACUCAUGGCUGGCUUGCCAAUUAUUACAACACUCAAAAUGAGGAGGAUAAGUUAUCUCAUAAGCACUCCAUUCAGAAGAAGCAAUUAAAUAAUUCUGCCAAGGCAGUUGAUACUAAAGUAAAUAAAAGUAUUCAGACAACACUAAUUGAUGCUAUGGGUAGUAAAUUAGACCAUCAGUCUAACGCGAGACCAUCAGAUCAAGAUAAGAAACAAAUGCAGAAAUCGAAUGAAUCAUGGUUUAUAUCAUUGGACGAUAAUAAACCUGGAAAAAAUUGGAAACAUUUACCAAAUGAAAAAACACCGGACUAUGUAUCAACAAGUCAUGAAGAGCCAUUGGUAGCUAAUGUCUCGGCCAAUAAUUUAAAACCUAGUUACGCCAAAUCAAGAUUAUUACCUCCAAAAUCACUAGCUAGACUAACGCUGCAGGAAGCUUUUCAAUUUUGCAAAGCCGAUUUCAUUGUAAGAUCGAAAGUUCGACUAAAGAAUGCUGAGGUUGCCGCUAAGCAACGUAGAGAAAAGGAAGAACUGUUGUUGAGGAAGCAACGGACGCACAUGCAAGAAAAAGCGAAACCUACCGCUAAAGAGAACUUGGAUGAUUUCUUACCCCGAAAGAGAUAUUUCACUAAAAAGGAAAUGUACGAACAGACUAGAAGAUUAUACAAAGAACUCCCUGAAGUAAAAUUAAAAGAAAAGCAAAAAAAGAUCGAUGAGAAGAAAAAGGAGAAUCGAAUUCGACUUGCAUUAUAUAAGAAGUUAGUAAAACAGCGUCGUCAAGAUCAUAAAGAACUUGUAAAUACAAAAACUGCUGCUGUAUAUGUCUAG